AUGCUUAGAAUUGAUACCUCCGUUUCGUCCACUUCUAUUAAUUCUUCCUCGUCGUCGAACGUUUCUCGGUCGAGGUCUAAUUCCAUCGGACGAGCCCCAAAUGUUCCUUUUAAACCUUCAUCACCCUCCAAUAAUGCUGGAGGAGAAAACACACCCACAGCUACUUUUCAUCAUAUUUCUUCCAACAGAAAACAAAGUAUGCAUCGAUUUAGAUUUUUGCAAGGCUUUCCCGUCACUGCACUGGUAGUAGUGAACGGUAUUCGAGGACAACAAAUCAGUUUCAUGUAUCCUACUGAUGAACACUUAAUUUUUCAACAACAAAGUAUGACUUGUCAUGAUCCUCUUGCUGCAAUAACAACUUCCGAUGCACUUGGUACCAAUUCGUCAUCUAGUAAUACAAAUAUUUUAAAUUCAUCAGAACCAACUCAACAACCUUUAGGAAAUUCAUCAACCAAUACGAUUAAUACUAGCGGAACCUCUAGUGUAGCUAUUGGAAAUGCUGGAAAUAUUUCUGGUGGUGGUUCUGUAGGAACGGCAAAUUCAUCACAACAUCUCGUAUCUCAUCCACAAGUCAUUGACAAAUAUGAAGACGCAUUUGGACUGAAUAGCGCUGCUCUGUCAUAUUUACUAUGUCCUCCAAAAAGUAAUAUUAUUGACAAAUCUAUGACAUUAAUCAUUGAUAAUUUACUAUUUCUUUCAAGGCCUGCUUCAAUAUUGGUUCGAAAAGUUAAUCAGUUAACAGAUUUUAGUGUGACAAAUCCUGUAAAUUUAGUAUCAGCUGGAGGUGAUUACACACAUUUUACAAUUGCCUUCGUUUUCCCAAAUCAUGUUAUGGAAGAUUACAAUGAAACUGUAUUUAGUCAUCUUUUAACGCUUUUAAUGAAAUCCUAUGUAAGAGAGCAGCAACGUUGUGGUUACGUGUUAGAUCAAUUAAAUUUACUUGGCAAAUUAAAGGAUCAAGGAAAGAAUUGGCGAGACCUAGUUCUAAAAGCUUGUGAGGCAAGUCAACUUGCUAAAGAAAUCAUUACUGUUGUGGAUGCGAUACGAUCAGCUUCCCCUCUUCAACUACGAGUGAAUGGAUGGAUAGAAUUGGGAUAUAGAAUUCCAAAAAGAAUUCAUCAUAUACAAGAGAGAAAAUUAUAUAAUUUAUUUGACAUACUCUCCAAAAACAAACAUCAUUUCCAACAAUCAAAUACUUCUAAACGUGGUGAAGGUGUAAAACCAUACAAUUCAUGUAUUUUUGUGAAUGAUUUUCCAAAAUUGAAAAUACCAGUUGAUGGACUUCAAGAAUUACAAGGAAAUGAUUCCAUUCUAAGGUUAUUUAACACUGCUACAAAAACUAUUGGGGAGGUUGCCAAAGAUGCCAACUUGAGCUUGAAUUUUGUGCUGUCACUUGUACAACAUUUAGUGGAUUGGGGAGUUGUGAGAAUUAUUCCCAAAAUAAGUUAUAGCACAUUACUCGCAAUUAACGAAAAUCCUGAUAAUAACGACGAAGGAAGAUGCCCCAAGAAUGAUUGGUUUCCACCUCCAGAACAUGUGAUUCAUGAAUUUUCAAAGAAAUUUCCUCAAUUCCCAAAUUUGAUAGAAGUUUUGAAGAUAUUCUCAACGGUACGAUCAUGCAAAACACAUAUUGAGAAUAUUUCGAAAAUUCAAUAUGCUCUAUCAGGAAAGUCGAAUCCAUAUAUUGAACACUCACCUACCACCUAUUUUCCGUCCGAGUUGAAAACGAAUAUUGUUGGAAAGAAAAAACUCUCGAAUGGCUGUUCUGUACCUGCAAUUUCGUAUUCUGAACAGUACAUGAUGUGUAUUAUAUGGCUUCUCAGAAAAGGUUAUAUUAAGGUGUGCAAUACCUAUUAUCAACUUGUAAUACCGCACCAAACGGUUCAAGGUACAAGCAAAUUUAUGAGGCCACCAUCCACAAGAGAUCCAAUUUCACCUUCUACUCCUCCUUCUCAUAUUACUUUUUCGCCACCUCCGUCUUCAUCGAGGGAGGUCGAUAUGGCUCAUGAGUCAUCCAUGAACGACGAAGUAUCAAGCGUGACAAGUAGUGAAAGCAGCAGUCCACGUUCAUUUUCAUUCAAAAAGUACAUGAAUGUUAAAAUUGAUACACAAUCAAGUGACUCAAACGACACCAUAACAGAAUCAAACAUGCCACGAACGCUUUCUGUUUAUGAAAUGGAAUAUAUUAAGAGAUUAUGUGAUGAUCCUCAUAUGCUCGAACUCUUCAAGAAAUUGCAUGUAUAUUUUAAUGGUAGUUAUUCGGAAAGAGAAAUCAUUCAUCAGAACAAUAUUUCAAGGGAUGACUUUAAAAAAGUGGUCAAAGCAUUUGGAGAUGUCAUACUGAGUUACACCAUUUAA